AUGGUGGCGGAGGGGGUGGCCGCGAGACCGGGCGCCCACACGCUGCUGGCCAACACGCUCAUCUGCUUCGUGCUGGUGGACCCGCAGUCGCGCCACGCGUUCUGCAGCCUCUACGAUGUGGAGCCCGGCCCAAUCCUGGGCGACGGGGACAGUCUGACGCCAGAGGCCAUGGGCGCCAUCGGCCGGUCGCGGGCGCUCUUCAUCAAUGGCUUCAUCUUCGACGAGCUGUCCCCCGGCCUGAUCGAGCGCGUGGCCGUGUCCGCCAAGGAGAUGGGCACCGUGCUGAUGUUCGACCCUGGGCCGCGGUGCCUGUCGAUAAUGGCAGGCGCCAGGCCGGGCAGGGAGGCCAUGCAGCGGCUGAUCGGCAUCUCGGACGUGGUGCUAGCCACCAGGGAGGAGGCGGCGGCGAUCAGCGGGAGGGACGACCCGCACGGGUGCGCGGAGUGGGUCCUUCAGAAGUCUGGGUCGGAGACGAAGUGGUGUCUGGUGAAAAUGGGGGAGAAGGGGGCGAUCUUGCACGCCAGGCAUGCGCCCGGACCCCUGCUGGUGCGCGGGGUGCAGGUGGAGGUUUCGGACACCGUGGGGUGCGGGGACAGCUUCGCGGCGGGAGUGGCGUUAGGGUACAUUGAGGGGUGGGAUCUGGAGGGGGCGCUGGAGCUGGCCAACGCGGUCGGAGCGGCGACGGCGAUGGGGAGGGGCGCGGGCAGGAACGUGGCGUCCACGAGCGACGUGCUGCAUAUCUUGACGGACGGGAGGACCGGGGAGGCCAGGCGGAGCGUCGAGUCGGCCCUCAGUUUGCUGAGGUCCUCCCUGGAAGGGAGCAGUUUGGGAGUGCCGACUGUCGGGUGA